GAAAGAACAACCCACUUCCGGUAGAGAGAGAGCAAGAGAAAACAGUGGUCGAGUGAGAACUGACUGAGAAGGUGGCCCGCCUGAAAGGUGAAGGUUUGUUUGCAGCCAGUUAUUCAAAACGCUCAAACUGCUGAACGGUCGCAGACACAAAGCAGUAUUGAUAUAAAACACUGAAACAUGGUGAAGAUCACAUUCCAGCCUGUCGCGGGGCAGAAAGAGGAGAAAGACAACGAUGGCGGCAAGGGCGAAAUCCUCAUUCCCCAUCCGAUGGAGGAGGAGGAUGAGCUUGUACUGCCAUUGCGUCCCCAGAAGUCACCUCUCAACGGGCUAUGCUGCCUGACAUUUGGCCUUGUUGUCUUCAUGGCAGGUCUGGUCCUCGCCUCCAUCUAUGUGUACCGCUACUACUUCAUACCUCAUGCCCCAGAGGAGAACAUGUUCCAUUGCAAGGUAGUUUACGAGGACUCUAUGUACGCACCGCUGCGUGGGCGACAAGAGCUGGCGGAAAACGUAGGCAUCUACUUGGCUGAUAACUAUGAGAAGAUCACUGUGCCUGUGCCUCAUUUCGGAGGAAGCGAUCCUGCUGACAUAAUCCACGAUUUCCACAGAGGAUUGACCGCUUACCAUGAUAUUGCUUUGGACAAGUGCUACGUAAUUGAGCUAAACACCACCAUUGUGAUGCCUCCGCGCAACCUUUGGGAGCUGCUCAUCAACGUUAAGAAAGGAACGUACCUGCCUCAGACCUACAUAAUCCAUGAAGAGAUGGUGGUAACCGGGAAAGUGCAUAACAUGCGUCAGCUGGGACCAUUCAUCUACCGCCUUUGCAACGGAAAGGACACGUACCGCUUGAACCGCCGUGUCUCCCGCAGACGGAUCACCAAGCGAGAGGCGAAAGACUGCCACCGUAUUCGCCACUUUGAGAAUACAUUCGUGGUGGAGACUGUUAUCUGUGAUGAAAUGUGAGCAGGAUGGUCACAGGUGUUAUGCCAACCAACCUUAGGCACAUCCCAGUCACCUCCCCAGCUACUGUAGCACCCUGUGGAUUUGAUCAUGUUGCACUUUACCCUUCAUUUAAAGUCAUAUCUCCUUUUCCAUCUCCUGCUUUUUUUCCCCACUUGCAAUUAUCUGUCCCAAUGAUGCAAUAAGCUGUAGGUUCUCUCACAGGAUUUCAAUGUAGCCAAGCCAUUUGGCCUCUGCCCUUCGAGAGUUCUACAAUGGUUACUGUUGUUAGGAGAGAUGACUGUCUCCUUGUGUUGUCAAAGUGACCUUUUUUCUCCUCCUACUCUGGAGCCAUCUUAUCUGCGUAUUGAGCGGUACAAAAUGUGAAAUUCUUUAAUCAUCAUGACACUUCUCGAUCUCUAUACUCAAAACUACUGAUGACUAGUUGCUAGUUGCUUUUGCUUCUGCUUGUCCCAUCUUUAAUUUGCUAACAAAAAAGAAACUAUCAAACAAAAAUGACAUCGCAGGGCAUUAUUGGGCACGGCCUCACUCUACCCUCGAAGAAAUCAAGAGCCAUAAAUAGGUUGAAUGCCCAUUAUGUGUUUUUAUGUAUUAUAUUGAAAAUAAUACAUUUGUGUAUCAUUAAAAAGUAUGCUGUAUCUGUUUUCCCUUGCAUGUGUUUCAGCUAUUUGAUUAACUCUUUUGUAAUAUGUAUAAGGCCUUAGUCCAGUCUCAAAAACUGGUCUAAUGUUAUUACUAAUAUAACAGAUGGGUGCGUAUGAUUUGAUGUUAGGUCAAUUCUUUUUUCUGUAUAUAUUAUCUGCCUAUGAAAUCUUGUCUGUGAAUAAAGUUUAAAAAGUA